AACAAGCCAGUCAAAAAGAAAACUAAAAGGAAAAAAAGGGUCAAUACUCGAUUCCAGCAGCGGCACUCAGAACCGAAUCCGAAAUCAGUCCCCGAAGAAUUAAUCGGAACGAAACGAAUCGCCGGCAAUGGACGUGAUCAAGACCCAGCAAAUUGCGGCGAGGCCGAUCGAGAAGGUGGUCGUCCACCCGCUGGUUCUGCUCAGCAUCGUCGACAACUACAACAGAGUUGCCAAGGACACUCGGAAACGGGUCGUCGGAGUCUUGCUCGGAAGUGCUUCUAAAGGAACCGUCGACGUCAGCAACAGCUACGCCGUGCCAUUCGAGGAAGAUGAGAAGGAUCCCAGCAUCUGGUUUUUAGACCACAACUACCAUGAAUCGAUGUUUUCCAUGUUCAAGAGAAUAAAUGCAAAGGAGCAUGUUGUUGGGUGGUAUAGUACAGGUCCAAAACUGAAAGAAAAUGAUCUGGAUAUUCAUGGCUUGUUCUCUGACUAUGUUCCAAACCCUGUCCUAGUCAUAAUUGAUGUCCAACCAGUAGAGCUGGGAAUUCCUACGAAAGCUUACUAUGCUGUGGAAGAGGUCAAAGAGAAUGCAACGCAGAAAAGUCAGAAGGUAUUUGUGCAUGUGCAAUCAGAAAUUGCAGCUCAUGAGGUUGAGGAAAUCGGUGUGGAACAUCUACUUCGGGAUGUUAAGGACACAACUAUAAGCACCCUUGCAACUGAGGUGACUGGCAAACUUACUGCCUUGAAAGGCUUAGAUGCAAGGCUCAAAGAAAUAAGAGGUUAUCUAGACCUUGUUAUUGAUGGAAAGCUUCCUUUGAAUCAUGAGAUUCUGUACCAUUUGCAGGACGUAUUCAACCUACUUCCGAAUCUCAACGUUUCCGAGUUGAUCAAGGCUUUUGCUGUGAAAACAAACGACAUGAUGUUGGUAAUCUACCUCUCGUCCGUGAUUCGAAGCGUUAUCGCCCUACACAACUUGAUCAAUAACAAGUUGCUCAACAAAGAACACGAGAAAGCUGAAGAUUCGAAACCAGUCUCUGUACCAACUGCCACCGGAAGCUAGAUACACAGGAUCAAGUUUGCGGCUGAUUCUCGGAGAUACUUGAUCUUCAUCCAUUGUCUUUCCGAUCGUCCUUGUAAGACAUAGUAUGUUUGGAAGAUUCUAGGGAUGGUUUGGAUGAUGGAUUGUGUCUAUGUCCAUCAAGGCAGUGUCCUCAGAAUUGAUCAAUCCACCCACUACUUUGACUUUGAUGCCUCCCAAGUUUUUUAAAACAUUUGUAGAAGGGUGUUUUUGUUCUAUUAACCAGUCUAACAAUCCGUAACUUACAGUUGUUAAAAAGAUUCGUCAGUUGCUUCAAAAUCCAUCGUUCCACACAUUUAACCAUCCGCCAACCAAAUACAAGACUCUUAUCCUCUUGACCUCUUCCUACUACAUAGUACUAAUACACUAGUUUAUAUGCAAUGAUCAAUCAGUAGUGUCAUCCAGAUCAGGCUGAACGGACUGCUCGAACUCAGCAUCCAUGAUAACUCCAUCCAUCACGUGAACAAGGAUCGCCUUCCUCCUGAUGUCCACUCUCUCCGCCGGAAUCCUGUUCACGACCAGCGUUCCCUCCGAAUCCUUCGACACGAACAAAGUCAAUCCUGACAACGAAUCGUAAGAAACCUCCUCUCCUGGAGCAACCACGCUCGAAUGUAGAGCUCGAGGUACGGCUGAGAACCCCAGAACUCGAGAAACUACAGCGUAAGUAUCGUUCCUCCUCGAGCUGUUAUCAUCAUCGUCGGCAGCUGCAGAUCGUAGCCCAAGGUCACGCUCGAAUGCCCUCUCGGAAGGCACAAAGACCGUGAAAGCAAGGUCGUCCGGCAGCAUUUGAACCAUCAUCUCACCGUACUUGCCGAGCUUCUCGUCGCCGGCGACCACUUCCUUCCGGUUGCUGAAGGUCUUGUAGGGACCCAUCAUUGCUCUGUUCCCGCCGAGGGUCACAUCUGGGAGCCGGAGGAGUGAGAGCAUGACCACGAAGAUGCAGCAAACGGAGACUAGCAGACCCACGAAUGCAACUGAGUUCUUCAGAGUGUAGAUUCUACCCAUUUUUUCUACCCAGAUAGUUUCUCAUCCAUUGAAGCUCCUGUUUCAGCUGCCAGAUUCCGCGGGACUGGUAACGACACUCUUCUUCUUUGUCUGGAAAUGGAAUGCUUCAAGAGAAGCAAUUGAAAGUUCAGUUUACGGAUUUGGAGGGACGUUACUGCUUUUGAUUCAAGUUUGGAUGGUAAUGAAAUUUUGGACAG